AAAAUUCGCGGAUUCUACGACAGUCCAAUCGAAGGCAACUUUUAUUUGUUGACCGUAGGGCUCAGCCACGCUCGCCAAACCGCCCACCCUCCUCUCUCCAUCUCCUUCUUCUUUCACGCCUCUGCAGCUCAGACCUAACUCUUCCCUCUCCUCUAUAUUGCUUUCAUACCACCACUCUCACAGGUUUGCUUUCUUCACAACCCCUUUUUCCCUCUCGAUUUUGGGUUUCUUGCAAUUUCUUGCAAUUUCUUGCUUCCUCAGGAGAUAUGAUUAAGCUAUUUAAAGUCAAGGAGAAGCAGAGAGAACUUGCUGAAAAUGCUAGUAAUGGGAUACCUACAAAGAAGCAAAGUGCUGGGGAAUUACGUCUUCACAAAGAUAUUAGUGAGCUGAAUCUACCGAAAUCAUGUAACAUAACCUUUCCCAAUGGCAAGGAUGACCUCAUGAACUUUGAGGUGUCAAUACGACCCGACGAGGGAUAUUAUUUAGGUGGCACAUUUUUUUUCUCCUUUACAGUUUCCCCCAUCUAUCCACAUGAAGCACCUAAAGUCAAGUGCAAGACAAAGGUCUACCAUCCAAACAUUGACUUGGAAGGAAAUGUGUGCCUCAACAUCUUACGGGAAGAUUGGAAGCCUGUUCUCAAUAUUAACACUGUUAUUUAUGGACUAUACCAUUUGUUCACGGAACCAAACGAUGAAGAUCCACUGAAUCAUGAUGCUGCUGCAGUUUUAAGAGACAAUCCGAAGUUAUUUGAAUCUAAUGUGAGAAGGGCUAUGGCUGGGGGUUACGUGGGGCAGACCUUUUUCCCACGUUGUAUGUAACUCACUCUUAAUCCUUCUCGUGCAUCUUUUCCUGCGCUGUAUGUAGCUAGCUUUGGUCUCUUGGUACAUUAACUGCUCAUUUAGAGAUAUAUCCAUCCACCUACACUUGUGUUAGCCCAAUGGAUUUAGUGAUGUUAAUGUGUAUUAUUUCUAUAUUGUUAAUUAACAUGGUUAUAUUUUCCUCAAUAUUUUGGAUGGAAGA